CAUACUUUACAUCAUCGUGGUUCGUUGGAAGAUUCUACUCUGUCACGAAAUGCACACACUUGACAGAUGCUUUUUGUUUUUCUCUCACACAGAAAAGGUUCAUCGAAGUCUCGUUUCUUUUGUUCUGUUUCUCUAUCGCAUUCUAUAUAUAAGUGUGUCUGUGCAUUCAAUUUAUUUAAACUUAUCAGUCUCUAUUACUCUGUUUUUACAGUUUCAAGAAUUCAAAGCUUUUAAUUCUUGAUUUGAUUUGACGGAGGAAAGGAAAAAAGUUUUCCUUAUUCAGAUGGAUUCAGGGGAUGGCUCUGUUUCAAAGAGGAGGACUAGACAACAAUCUUUAAAAUAUAUGGUAGAGUUAAUUGAGAAGAGGAACAGGUUGAGUCAAAGUGGUAAUUCUACGAAUGUUAGUUGUGGAAGGAAAAGAAAAAUGAUGGACCCUUGUGAGAGAAAUGUGGAAAACAAUGGGAGAAGGAAGUUCAGUCCAGGAACUUGUGAGUCCUUCACGAAUCAGUCUUUUGUCGAGAGAAUAUUUGAUGAUGAUGAUGAUUCUUCAGAGGAGGAGAGUGAUCCUAACGUUGUUAUCAUUGAGGAGGAGGAGGUGGCUGCUCCUCUGUUGAAUGCAACAGAUGAGGUUGUUUCUUCUACCUCAAGCAUGUGUAGGACAGCAGAAAAAUCUGAAUCUUCAUCUGUUUUGAGCUGUCCUAAGGAGAAUGAACAAGGAAACAAAGAGUUGAAUCGGGGGCUAGUACCUCAGCUUGUUUAGGGUGAAAAGCAGUACAAAAAGAAUGGAAAUUGUAGCAGCCCCAUUCUUCUUAGUGAGGACGAGGAGACUGAUGACGAGGAAUCUAAAUCCUCGCAUGAAAAGGACUGCGAGGUUGAUGACUCUGUGAAGAAUGUUGUUGUUCAAAAGUAUCUCAGGUUUAUUGAUGAUUCUAUAAAAAAUGUCGAUGAUCAUAGUAAACUCACUCCUCCUAAAGACAGGGAACAUGUUCCUCUCAAAGAAACACUUCCUUUAGUAUUCCGAUUUGAAGACGAGGAACCUCUUCCCCCGGAGAAACAAGAAUGGGAAAAGGAAAUUGACCAUCUUUUUGAAGAAAUGGACAUGUGUAUCGAGGAGUCACAUAUUGGCUUUACAAAUCCAUCGAUGCAGAGUGGACAAAUAAGUGACUGUCAAAUGGGGAACCACAAUCUUGUUCUAGAUGAACAAAUUGGACUCAUCUGUUCAGUUUGUUCAUAUGUCUAUUUGGAGAGCAAGUACAUCUUCCCUCAUUUUAUAAGUGCUCAGAGAGCUCAAGGGAGGUAUGAAAGAAAAUAUUUUGGAGAGUCGCCAUCACUCUUGGAUGUUGACGGUUUCAGAGUUUCUGAUUCUUCUGCAGCCGAAGAUUCUCAUAGUUAUGGAGAAGGAACCGUGUGGGAUUUAGUUCCCCAAAUUCAUAUGGGACACCUUAUACGCAUGGUGAAGCUGAAAUCCUGGGCGAAAAGUAAGAGUGUUUUGGGAAUCAGCUAUGACUUGUUCAGGAUUCUCACACGAGAAGAUGGAGAUGACUAUGCCAAAGAGACUAGAGACAUACUUUUAAAAUUUCCUGGUCUUCUGGUCCUUAAAGAAGGGCACACUGCUCGGAAUGAGCACAGCCUUGUGUGGAAAGAUUUGAAAAAGGUUGAAACAGAGAAGCGCGUGCUUUUAUCUGGAACUCCGUUCCAGAAUAACAUCAAAGAGCUGUACAACACCCUUUGUAUAGUUAGUCCAAAGUUUGCGGCAGAUUCAGAGCAGAAAUGGGCUUCUCUUAGCAGUUCCAUUGACAAGAAUGCUCGAGCGUUGGAAGAGCUUAGGGAUAUUAUUUCACCUCCUGUCCAUAAAUGCAAUGAAAAUGUAAAGAAGGUAAGCCUUCCAGGUAUACGGGAUACUAUAAUAUACUUGAAACCCAGAGAGUUGCAGAAGGAGUUCCUUAAAAGAAUUCCAGAGAAUCCAGGCUCCUUUUAUGAACAAAAUCUAGUGUCUUUGAUCUCUGUUCAUCCUUCAUUAGUAGCAAACAGAAAGGAGUUCUCUGAGUUGGAAAGUCAUCUGAAAGAAAGAAGAUGUCGGUUGGAUCCAGAUAUAGGAGUAAAAAUGAAAUUUGUCGUUGAACUAAUCAGACUCUAUGGUGGGCGGAAGGAGAGGGUUAUAAUAUUUCGCCAGUUACUUGAUCCUCUGAACCUGAUCAAGGAGCAACUUAAUUCUCUCUUAGGCUGGACUUUAGGCCGAGAGAUUCUCUAUAUGGAUGGGAAACUUGAUGUAAAGCAGCAACAGAUAUCAAUAAAUUCUCUUAAUGACCCUAAGAGUGAUGUCAAAGUGCUUCUUGCAUUGAUAAAAGCCUGUUCAAAAGGGAUAAGUCUUAUAGGGGCCUCAAGAGUGGUUUUGCUUGACGUUCUCUGGAAUCCCUCAGUAGAAUAACAAGCCAUCAGUCGAGCCUACAGGAAUGGUCAGACAAAAUUUGUUCAUGUUUACUGUCCAGUGGCAUCGAAAUUGGAGGUUGACAAGAUUGCAAAAAAAUAUCAUUCAGAUGUAUUUCUAUCCAGGAAUGAAGAGAAUUCUUCAUGUUCUGUGUCAGAGGAUAAUAAAGGAUGAACAGAGAUUAGAGACACCAAAUUUUGUUCGUGAAAGGAGGCCAGAUUCUCUGAAAUUCUUUU